UGUACCGCGUAUACCGUACCGCACCAUACUACCAGAGACAGGGCUGUAGACUUUAUUAUUCUUGCAGAAUUUGCUUAAAAAUUCGGACAGAUCCUCAAAAUGAUUGACAGUGUUAAUCAGAACCGUGCCCAGGAUAAGCUUCAGGCAGGAGAAGGAAGUGAUCAGUUUUUCUCUGCUCUUGUUGUGACUUUAGCUCUGGGAGCUGUUAUCGGUUUGCUGAUGCUAGUGUGCGGAUUUGGGACUGGUGGACGCGGAGCAGUGGACGAUACGGAAAAUGCUGAGAAAACAGACAACAAACCCAAGAAAUCCAAGACCACCCAGCAGGGCAAACGUCAACUGAAACAGCCUGGAAAACGAGCGACUCAGAGCUCGUUUAGCCACGCCCAUCUGGCAUCAACACUCAAGGAACAUAGCAACAAUGUAUUAGACAUUGACUUUAGUAUCAAUGGCAAAUAUCUAGCAUCUUGUGCUGAAGAUCGAACAGUUCGUGUGUGGAGUGUGAAGGAAUUUAAGGAAAAAGAGCAUAAAUGUGUACGAGGGAAUGUGGAGUAUGAUCAUGCAACUCAAAUCAAGUUCAGUCCAGACUGCAGGGCCUUCAUCACCAGUUUGUCUACUGGAAACAAUAUCCGGGUCUUCAAGUUGGCAAAGAAGGAAGAUGGUGUAUCUAGUACCAUUACUGCCUCCUUGGAUUUCCCCAAGAAACACAUUACAGAUAUCAUCAAUAUUGGACUUGGUUCUCAUGCCCAUGGCAGCUUUGUCAUGACGGCAUACAAGGACACUACUAUCCACAUCUGGGAUGUGAGAGGUGAGGUCUUGCAAACCAUUGAUACACAUCACAUGUCUAACAACUACGCUGCAGUCUCUCCAUGUGGUCGUUUUGUGGCUUCAUGUGGUUUUACUCCAGAUGUGAAAGUCUGGGAAGUCAUCUUCGAUAAGGAAGGCAACUUCUCAGAUGUGAAGCGAGUCAUGGAUCUGAAGGGGCACAGAGCUAGCGUGUAUUACUUCUCAUUCAACAUAGAUUCUACAAGGAUGGCAACUGUCUCCAAGGAUGCAACAUGGAAACUUUGGGACACAAAUGUUGAAUACAACAAGAACCAGGACCCAUACCUUUUGUUAACGGGAAGCUAUGACCAUACAGGACCAAGCAUAUUAGCCUUGUCCCCAGAUGCGUAUACUGUAGCUAUUGCCACAGGUGCUAAGAUAUGGGUCUUUGAUUCAGCCACGGGGAAAGAGGAAGAAAUGUUUGAGGAUGUUCACGCUCAACCUAUCACCAAACUUGGCUUUGAUCCAAGCAAUAAGUACCUGGUAUCCUGCGGUGACCGACAUAUCAGAGUAUUCCAUAAUGUUGUUGGUUAUCGUUCAAACAUUGCCAGUAUGGAAGAGAAGAUCAAGUCAUCAACAAUAAACAAGUCCCAGAAGGAGCGACUACAGAACCAGAUCACGCAGAUGAGGGAUAGCCUAGCUGAGAUCCUAGGGGAGAAACCAAAAGGAUAAAAGAUCCAGUGUUGAGAUUUUGUUAGAAACGGAGCUGCAAUCCGACUGCAGCAAGAGUCUUGUCACAGUGCCCACCCAAUCAACCUGAUACAGGUUGGUUGCCACACCCAGGAAACAACUUUGAUUGGAUAUUUGAAAUUGAUUGGGCCCAUGGUACAAUUGACUGAAGAUGCAUAAGGAUGUCAGGAUUCAGAUGCAAACUCAUUAACUGUGAACAAAAGUCGUUGAACAGUCAUGUAUCUCUUCAGAACUCAGUCCACACAAUGUGACAACAGACUAUUCCCAAGGGUAUUUAUUAUUGGGAAGCAUUUCACUACAAAAUAAGGCAGUCUCUCCCAAAUGCAUCUUAUUUUGACAUGUUGUCAUAUUUUGUUGACAGUAAGUUUUGAGACUUUUAAGAGACUGGAUGUAUAAUCUUGAGUACAUUAGCCCUUGAAGGUUGUUAUAAAAAGUAAUAUAUUUGAAUUUCAGUUAUAUCAAAACCAAUUCAUUUUGGCAAAGAAAGAAGGAAAGCAUCCUGAACUGGAUGGAUUGCAUCUACAGUGCUCUUAUUCACAUGCAGUUACUUUUCUUGAACUUCAAAAUGUAUAAGUCUGUUCAGUACUUCGAAAAAUGGCACUUUUACCUCGUUAAACAUCAAGUUGAAAAGGUCCUCCACUUUUUAACUUUAAUCCCAGCACACUUUCUUGUUGUUCAACUAAGAAUGCUCAGUCAUUCUGAAAUCAUUUUUUGUUUCUUUGUAGUGGUAAUGGUAAUGCGCAUUUGUUUUUUUAAUUAUUUCCAGAGCAACGCAUGUUAAUAUCAAACUCAUGUUUCAAAAAGUUUGAAUAAAGAAAUCACAGAAUCACAGAAACUUGGUGUUAUAAUUA